AAAUGAACACAAUUCGGCGAAAAAAAUGAAAAUCGCUAAGGAUUUCGCUUCUUUUAAGUUUAAGACUGUCCAAGUCUCUACUGAAGAUCAACUACGUCUUCAUAUCAGAAGCUAUCGUGAGAAAAUCCGCUCGCCGUUCAAAUGGGAACGUCGAAAAAAAUUGCAGCAGUCCGCAACUCUAACUUUCCUACUUCUUGGAAACUCGGAAAAGCCUGCUAUACAGUGGCGGUUUGCGCAGGCGGAAAAGAACUUUUGAACACGUCCAGUUUUGGGGUCACAUGAUGCAGGUGACAAAUCAGGCCCCUGCGGGUCUUGGCGACGACCAAUAGGAGAGGCGUAUUCCUAAUAGCUUUAAGGGCGCCAGGAUUGGAUUCGUCUGGAUCGGUGGCAUUGGUUUCCCUCAGACAUCAGGAUUCUCCUCUUAGCUUGGCACUUGCAAUGGCUGCUGUCAAUGAACGAAUUGGAGAUAUGGAAAAAGUGAGAAGGGAGCUGCUCAAACUGAUGACAGAAGGCAAGGCAGUGGAGAUGCUGAAGCACAAUCUGUCCCAACAGGAGAGAAUGAUUGACAAACUUUUGAAUACUCAGAAGACCACAAAACAGCUGAUCAAAGACCUCAUGAUUACUGAGGAGAAAGUGGCACAGAGACUUUCUGACAGGGAAGAGGAGUUGAAGGCGAGCAUCCAAAAGCUGCAGAAAAUUGAACAAGAACUCCUUCAGACAAAUGAAAAGGAUGAAAAAUUGAGGAUCAAUAUUAAUGAAUUGAGAAAACAGCUGGAGACUUUGAGAGAAGAAAGCAGGCAGCAGCAGCAGAAAGCAACAGAAGAAACUGACAGAACUAUGUCAGCUACGUAUCUCGUACAUCUUUAUUAUCAGAUCUGCCAGAUUGACUGGGACUAUUCUUGUGAGCCACCCCUGAUCAAAGGAACCCAUUAUGGACCAGAUAUUGCUCAAUCUAUCAACCUGGACAGUAGCCAACAUUCUCCUUGCUUUAUCAGUGAUUACCUCUGGAACCUGGUGAAUACAUCAUGGUGAACAGGCGGCUUUUGGCAAACAGUAGAUAAUAUAAUAGACAUUCCUAGGAGCAAAAUAUAUUUCAGUGGCUCAUUCUGUGUUAUAUCUUUUGGCAGAGCAGUAUUCUGGAGAGCGUUAAUGGAAUAAAUGCAGACUGAAGCAAAAUAAACAUUAAUACUAAUCACAAAAA